AUGCAGUUUAGCACUUUGAAAGAAUUCAAGAUUGCAGUGAAAGACUAUGCAGUAAGUGGAGGAUAUCAGCUCAAAUAUGGGCAUAAUGAUAAGCGCAGAUGCCAACUAGUAUGCAAAGGGAGAGUUGAUUGUCCUUGGAAGGUUUGGUGUAGCAAAAUUAGAGGUCAAAGUACUUAUCAAAUAAAGACACUAGUGGACAAACACAAUUGCACUAGACUAUUUGUCAACAAACAGGCUUCAGCUGAGUGGUUGGCACUUAGAAUCUUUGACAAGAUUCGACUUGAUCCAGAAAUUAAACUGUUGGAUCUGAUACCAUGGGUUAGUGAAAACCUACAGCUAGAUAUAACAUUGUCACAAGCAUACAGAGCUAAGCAGAAGGCCAGAGAGAUGAUAGAAGGCUCAGCCAGAGAACAAUAUGCAAGAUUGAGAGAUUAUUGUGCAGAGAUACGAGAUAAGAAUGUUGGGAGCACAUGUAUAGUGCAAGUGGAUAGGGUUACUGUUGAUAGUCCCCCUCAAUUUAAGAGAAUAUAUUUGUGCCUGGAUGGGUUGAAGAGGGGUUUUUUGGAGGGUUGUAGGCCUCUUAUAGGAUUGGAUGGUUGUUUCCUCAAAGGUUUUUAUAAAGGACAGUUGCUGACAGCUAUUGGGCAAGAUGGAAAUGGUCAUAUUUAUCCAAUUGCAUGGGCAGUUGUAUUAGUUGAAAAUAUUGAUAAUUGGUCAUGGUUUUUAGGACAUCUAAUGAAUGAUUUGGGCAUUAACACAGAGUGGACAUUCAUUUCUGACCAACAAAAGGGAUUAGAAAAUGUUUUCAACAACAUGUUGAGUGGUUUUGAGCACAGAAUCUGUACCAGGCAUCUAUACAUGAAUUUUAGCAAAGUCCAUAAGGGUGUGCAACUUAGAAGCCAGUUCUAUAAGAUUACACAAGCAACUACAGUUCAGGAGUUUGAUAUUGAGAUGAGCAACAUGAAGAGUACGUCAGAGGAAGGAUGGAAAUGGUUGGAUGAUAGAGCACACAAAUUGUGGAGUAGAGCAAAGUUCAGGACGACAUGCAAGAAUGAGAUAUUGAUAAACAACAUAUCAGAGAGCUAUAAUGGUCUCAUUUUGAAACAUAGAUCGAAGCCAAUUAUCACAUUCCUAGAAGAGUUGAGAAAGGAUGCUAUGAAGAGAAUUGUGAAGAUGAGAACAGAGAUGGAGAAUUGCACAACUAGUGGCCCACUUGUUCCAACUGUGCAUGAUAGGAUUGAAAAGCUUCAAAAUCGUAGUAGAAAAUGGGAAGCAAUUUGGAGUGGUGAUGUAGCCCAUUCAUUGUUUGAGGUAACAUGCAGACCAGAGAGGUAUGUUGUGCAUAUUGGAGAUAGAACAUGUACUUGUAGAGUUUGGGACCUCACUGGAAUCCCUUGCUGCCAUGCUAUCGCAGCUCUAAGGUAUGUUGGUCUACCAGUUGAGGAAUAUGUUAGCCAUUAUUUCUACAAGGACACUUACCUAAGAGGGUACGGCCACAUAGUUCGUCCUCUUAAUGGUAUGAACAUGUACCCUAAAACUCAUGCUGAGGCAAUACUUCCACCACCACCACGAACAAAAAUGGGUAGACCACAGAUAAAAAGGAGGAGGGAAGAGGGAGAGAGGCAAGAUCCAUCAAGGUUAAGGAGGGAGGGGCUGCAGAGUGACUACGAGUGA